UCUAUCUAGUCUUCGCUGGGCAGUGACAGUGCUUUCUAUGUCGUAAUUGGAGGGUAGUCGCGAGUUCCGUCUGUCAAUUGAUUAGUGUAAUGGCUGUAGUGUAUACGUCGUGAUCGAAUUACCGUAGGCCGCAGGCGUAAUCAGUGCGUAUUUAAUACAUAAAAUCGUGAAGAAAGGAUCGGCAGACCAUGGUUCAGCAAUACCAAUCGCCCGUACGGGUUUAUAAGCACCCCUUUGCUCUUGUCAUGAUGGCAUACGAGCGUAGAUUUCCUACUUGUCCGCAGAUACCAGUUUUUGUCGGAUGCGAAGUUAUGCUGGAUGAAGAGAGCAAGGAUGGUGCUAUGAGAACCACGGAAAGACGAUGUAAAUUGAAUGUUGAAGCACCUUAUAUCUUAAAGAAGAUAAUUGGUGUAGAUUUUGUAUACUUUAUUCAGAAGAACGUUUUAGAUAGACGUAAUCAUGUUUUAGAAAUAGAAGCAUACAACGAAAGCUUUGCUUCUAGGGUAAAUGUUAUUGAAAAAUGUAGAUAUUUUAUUCAUCCUGAAAAUCCAGACUGGACUUGCUUUGAACAAACGGCAAGUUUAGACAUCAGAAAUUUCUUUGGUUUUGAAAACUCAAUGGAAAAAUUAGCAAUGAAGCAGUAUGCUCAAAAUAUUGCUAAAGGUAAAGAAAUUAUCGAAUUCUUCAUAAAUCAAUUGAAGGAAGAAGGUAUUACUUAUGUCUCUCCAUGGAAAGAUCCGCAAGAAAAAUCACCUGAAGAAGAAAAGAAAAAUGUGGACGAAAAUAAUGACAAAGAAUUAUGUAAUGCCGACAGCAAACUGCCUAGCAACAGAGAGAUGCAACUGUCCUCGGAUUACAUAGAGAGAUAUCUAGGAAAACUAGAUAUGCUGCAGGAAAGCAAAUUAGUUCAACUCAGGCAUAGCAUAGAGGAAUUAAGGGGAAGUUCUGUACCGGGAUACGCAACUCUUCUACGAUUCCUGCGAGCCGCAGAAUUCUCAGUCGAAAAGGCUAGAGAAAUGUUGACGCAGUCCUUACAUUGGAGGAAAAAGCAUCAGAUCGAUAAGCUUCUUGAUGAAUACGAAAUGCCGCAAGUAAUUAAGGACUAUUUCCCCGGUGGCUGGCAUCACUUUGACAAAGAUGGACGACCCUUAUAUAUCUUAAGGCUCGGUCAAAUGGACGUUAAAGGUCUACUUAAAUCGAUUGGGGAAGAUGAAUUGUUAUUAUUGGCUUUACAUAUCUGUGAAGAAGGUCUGCAUCUAAUGGAGGAAGCUACGACUGUUUGGGGGCAUCCAGUUUCGCAAUGGACUCUGUUAAUAGACUUGGAAGGUUUAAACAUGCGGCAUUUAUGGAGACCUGGGAUAAAAGCGUUAUUGAGAAUAAUCGAAAUAGUUGAAGCGAAUUAUCCAGAAACAAUGGGAAGGGUUUUGAUUAUACGAGCGCCCAGGUGUUUCCCUAUUUUGUGGACACUCAUCAGCACUUUUAUUAACGAAAACACCAGAAAAAAGUUCAUCUUUUAUUGUGGUACAGAUUAUCAAGAACAGGGAUCUGGAGGUCUCGGUGAAUAUAUUAAUCAAGAAUUUAUUCCCGAUUUCCUCGGUGGCUCCUCAGAGACAUACAUAAUGGAUGGUGGAGUGGUGCCGAAGAACUUAUAUAAAUUGGACUUGGAAGGCACCACUGGUGAACACGAACACAGUUUAUACCACUCCAUCAGCUUGAGCCGUGGCCAAACUCAUCAUGUGUUCAUUGAAUCUGACGAUCCAGGCGCGGUACUAACAUGGGACUUUGAUGUGAUGCGGCAUAACGUUGUCUUCACGGUGCUGCACAAUUCGAGAAGUGGCGAAAAUGGCGCAACAGCGGAAAUCUCGGAGCUCGCAGUAGGCGGUGAUCAUGAUGUGGUUGUAAAGGAACUAAAAGAUAAUUAUAUUAAAGUCGAACCCAGUGUGGUUUGUCACGACGGAGAGAGUAUUCAGGGAACUCAUAUCAUGCAAGAUGCAGGUACUUACGUAUUACAAUGGCAGAAUCAAGAAGACCAAACUGAAUUUCUUCCAUCUAUUAGUUCUCAUAAGGCUCAACUUAUGUAUUUUUAUGAGACAUUGCCAUCCGCGCAUUACAGGGGUUCAAUGAUGAGCUUGCAGUCUGCUAUAAGCGGAAGAUCAGAAGCUAGUUCGUCCUUGUCCAGAUGAAAAACAAUGGAUGCGAACAUCGAAAUGCAGGAAACAUGAGUGUGAUUUCAUUAACACUAUUUUAAACGUAUAUAUGCUAUGAAAGCAUCUCAUAGUUGUGCGUAAAGGGAGGGGUACAAUUCAAAUUUUAAUUAUUUUGAUAUUUUAUCUUUCUUCGACGCGAUAACUUCCACAACACGUCACCAAGUCCAAACUGCUGCAGGAAUCCAAUUCUCAAGCCUAAAAUACUCACCUCAGUAAUGCAUAGCCAAUGUUAUCAUAUUAUAGUUGUUAAACAAUGAUACAGUGUAUAAUAAUGUUGUCUGUUUAAACAUUAUUUUCAUAUAAACUAGAUCUCGAAAUAAAAUCUUAUACAUUUGAUAAAUCAUAUUGCAAUGUAAAAAGUAGGAAUAUUACAACAAGAGCCUGUUGUAAUUGCCAGCUCUUAGGUAAAUGGUAUUUCAAGUGCGCAGUGUAAUUAAUACAUAUUAAUUUAUAUACACACACAACAUACAUAUACAUAUAUGUAUGUGUGUGUGUGUAUAAAGAACUCGAGUAACGAAAAAUGUUCUUCCUUCGUAAAAUUACAUUUUACUCGUAUCUUAUCUAUAGAAGAAAAUGUGCAUGUAUAAAUGGAUUUUUGUAGGAUUAUAACGAAACAUUCCAUUGCUAAUUAAUAGAAUACACUGUGCCGCAUUAAGAUUAGACCAUUUUCCACAUACUUCCACGAAUCUUUUAAUGUAAUAUGCAAAAGAAUUAGCGAGUUAUAUUAGAAUCUCACCAGACAAAUAGUAGCUUAAAAUAUAUAGACUAAGUUAAAUAAACGUGAUGACGCUUUCAAACUUAGGUAAAAAAUAGCUGCCUAAAAAUUAAUGAACACACAUGCAAAGUGUUGAAUAAUUUGUGUGCCAAAGAAUUUAAAUUAAUGAAAAAUAUUUUCAGUACAACAGGAAGAACGAAUUCAUAAAUUAAAAUGAGAGUAAACUAAUUUUGAGACUACAGUAUACUACUACAGAAUACAAUUUACAAUAUAAUCAUUAAAUAUGAAUGAUUAUUUUAAGAAGAAGAUAAUAUUUCAAUGUGUUAUUGUUAAUUUUCAGGUAGCUUACAAUAUAUUAAUUUGAUAGCAUAAUAUUUGUAUAAAAAUUAUUUAACACGACGAAGAUUAAAAUAACUAAAGUUAUGAAGAUUAAUUCUAAAAUGCAGGAUAUUAUAUUCAUAACAUACAAAUAUUGUAAAUAACUAUAGUCAAUUAUACACGGAAUAAUAU